AUGGGUCGUUUCUAUCGCUGUGCCGGGGAGGUCUUGUAUGACACACAGCAAGACCCCAGGGGAGGACGCAAAUGUAAAGUAAACCUGCCACAGAGCUGCCAGGCCUGGAGCUUCCUCCAGAGUCUUCAGCCCUUGUCAACAGCUUAUCCCUCCUUCUGUCUGCGGGUCAAGUCUCUGGGUCCUGAAAGCAAAAUAGUUGCAGGCAUCGCUGGAAGUGCUAUAGAGGAAAACAGGGCCCCAGGACAUUGGAAUAACACAGUCGGUUACCAUAGCAACACGGGCAGGUGCUACAGUUCCCAUGAUUCAACAGCUAACACAGGAGGAGAAGUGAUUGGUCAAGGUGACAAGCUCUCAGUCGAGGUGUCAUACUUUGGGAAAAAGUCAUCAACUAUUUUUUUCUACAAAAAUGGCCUUCCUGUUGCUACCCGGUAUCUGUUUGAAACAGACCACAGUCAAUAUUUCCCCUGUCUCUUUCUGGAGAAAGGACCAAUAGAGUUGGAGGUGAUCUGGCUGGUACCUGCUGUGGAGAAACAACCUAUAACACAGACCGACGUUUCACACUGGAUCCGCUCACCAGCAACUAAAUUUGACCAAAAUGAAAACAUCUUCAUGUGUGCCAAGGACAAAGAUGUAGAGGGUUUUCUUCAGGGGACAGUCUCUCUGGGACCAGAUUUACCAUUUUAUGAUGUAAAAGUGGAGGAGUGCACAGCAGAAGGGGUGGGGCCAACAGUUGCCAUAGCAACUGUCAGUCCACUGAAGCCAACACCUCCAUGUGUUUUGCUGAGAGACUAUCUAAAGUGGGAACCCAGUAAGUGACUUGUUUAUCAUGUGAAGACUGGAGAUCACAUAGGCUGGGGUGUCCAUUACUCCCCUGAGCGCAGGGACAGACCUGACUUUGACCCCAGGGCUGAGCAGAUAGUCCUGUGUUAUGUGGUGAAGAACAGGGUGAUGCAGUGCUUCCAGAUGAUGCUUCAGCCAACAGGUGGCUUUUACCCCAUGGUGCUGCUCAGUCAAAAUGCAUCAAAGAUUAAGGUUGAGAAUGGGAAGACAGUAGAGGCGGGUUUACUGAAGGAACUUGACAAGAUUUACAGGGAUCUGCUGGCAGACAUUCGUGAUAUGCUGGAGACUGAUGCUGUCAACAAACGACUGACCUUACCCAUGCUGAGACUGUCUGAAGCUCUAGAGGUGGAUAUAACCCCUGAUAACUGUCAUGUGACUUUACCGAGUGCAGCCAGUGGCGUUCAUGCCGUGCAGUUCCUACAUCCAUUGACUAUAGACAGUUCGUACUUCUACAUAGAGGUCAACAAACUCAGCAGCUUGUCCAGUGUGUCUCUGGGGGUGGCAGGCCCCAAAAUGCCCCUUUCCUCAGCCCCUGGGUCUUUGCCAGCCAGUGUGGGUCUGUCCUCUAAACUAGGACAACUCCUCAGCAAUGCACGCGCUACUGGGAACAUGGAAGGAGAGACCUUCUCUGCAGGUGAUAAAAUCGGAGUAAAAAUCAGUGCCUUUGCUGACAAAGUAGCAGUGGUGUUAUUCUUCAAGAAUGAGCGUCCAAUCGGCACGCGCUACCUGUACGAAGCGGAGCGGAAUCGCUACCUGCCCACGGUGUCCCUAUGUGCUAACGGGCAUGAUGUGGAUAUUAACAUAGUCUGGCAGACCAGGGUGGAAAGGGGACCCCUUCUGAACACAACAAAUCCGGAACAUUGGUGUCUUCCUGAAGGGUCCAUGGUUGAUGAGGAUAACAUUGUCUCAGUGAUGCCUAAUAGCAAGAAGGUGCAGGUAUUGCAGGCUGCCUCCAGCUUACACACAGAGUUUAACCACUAUGAAAUCCAGCUAGUGGAUGCGUUUGAUGACUGCUCUCCCCCUCCUGUGAUCGCACUCUGCGCCGCAUCACCCAGAGAUCCUCCACUUAGCAGUCAUUACACCCAGGACUUCAUCAGGUUUUGGGCGACAGGAAAAGCGGCAUCUUCUGUGCAACAAGGGGAUUUUAUCGGCUGGGGAAUUAUCUUUCCUAAACACAACUCUUCAAGGACAAGACGCAGGGAGGAUCUAGUCAUCUGUUACCUGACACUAAACCGGACUGUGGUUUUACGACGGGUCUUAGUGCUGCCACCUGGUGGAUUUUAUCCUGUGGUUAUUUUACCCCCAGGAGUGGCCAGAGUGAAGUUUGAGUUCGCAGCCUGUUGUAUUGAGGAAGACCCUCUAUCCUCGGAGGAGGUGCAGCAACUGAUUGAGGAUGCUGAGAAGAAUCUUGAGGAAGAGGAGGAGUCCGCUAAGCUGUAUGGGCCAUCAAAGGGCAGUGUGAUCAGCCAGGGUCCGGGCAUCAGCAGGGAUCUUCCCAUGGGAAAGCAGCCAGGUAUGGACAGGAAUCAGGCCCUAGGGAAGGGCCCUCUGGGUAAAGAUCCUGUCAGUGAUCCCCGCAAACAACUGAAUGCCACUUCAUACAGCUUGAACAGCCUGGGCUUGUCAGAUGAUGAAGGGAUGACAUCUCGUGGGAAGGGCUCCUCUCGAUGGUUGGACAGUCCAGGCAGCAACAAGAAAUACAAGGACAAACCUGAGAAGAAGGAGAAGAAAUCUAAGAAGAAACACAGCGUUGGUAAAAGUUCCGAGAAGAAGCUGAAGGCAUCCGGUCAGCACCUGUAUGAUGAGGAGGCAAUAGCUGACCAGUACCAAUCCAAAAGCUGUGUCAUAUUGUAA